AUGGAGAUAAUGAAGCUAAAAAUAGGGAAGGGUCCUGCCCACUUUAUUACGGAACAUCAAAAAUCUUUCUCUGGAAUCAAAGGACUCCAGCUGAAAGUGAACCUCCAACCCAAUGACAAUUACUUUUUCUAUGUGAGAGCCAUCAAUACAUUUGGGACAAGUGAGCAGAGUGAAGCUGCCCUCAUCUCCACCAGAGGAACCAGAUUUCUCUUGUUGAGAGAAACAGCUCAUCCUGCCCUACAGAUUUCGUCAAGCGGGACAGUGAUCAGCUUUGCUGAGAGGAGACGGCUGACAGAAAUCCCGUCCGUGUUGGGAGAGGAGCUGCCUGCGUGUGGCCAGCAUUAUUGGGAGACCACCGUCACAGACUGCCCGGCGUAUCAACUCGGCAUCUGCGCCAGCUCAGCUGUGCGGGCUGGUGCCCUGGGACAUGCGGAGACCUCGUGGUACAUGCAUUGCUCUGAGCCCCAGAGAUACACAUUUUUCUACAGUGGCAUUGUGAGUGACGUCCAUGUGAGUGAGCGCCCGGCCCGGGUGGGUAUCCUACUGGACUAUGGAGGCCAGAGGCUGCUCUUUAUCAACGCGCACAGCGGGCAGCUGCUCUUCAGCAUUCGGCACAGGUUUAAUGAGGGCGUCCACCCGGCCUUCGCCCUGGAGAAGCCAGGAAAGUGUACUCUGCACCUGGGGAUCGAGCCCCCGGAUUCUGUGAGGCACAAGUGAUCUCAGCUCUCAGAAUUUGCAAGAGCAGUCCUUGGACUGUGGACUCUGUCAUUCUUCUUCUUGGGUGCUGUACAGCAUUCAGAAAGUCUCCCCGACAAGCCCACACAGCCCCACAUGAGCCAGCCUGCGAGGAAGCCCUGACGGGCAGAGCAGCAAGUUCAGAGGAUGAACACAGCCCAUCUCUGUGUGAGCUCUUUCCUCAAUUAAAAGGUCCUAUUCUUGACUCGGGAACCAAAAUAGAGACAUGGCCCUGUUUUAUCAGCGAGAUAACUCCUCUGAUGGCGAGGCUGGCAUAGAGGGAGGCCUUGCUUGUAAGACCCCUCCUCUGACAGAGACACAGACGCUUUCCAUACACGUCACUUUCAGGCACUAGAGAUCUACACUAUCUGAUCUACAUUUACAGUGAACUCUUUUGUAAUAAUGUAUACUGUAGAACAUGAGUCUCUUUCUCUGAAAUUUUAAAUGCAGGGUAGUACUAGAAAUUUCAGUUUUGUUAAAUAAAUGGUUAGCGUAUUUAAAACCAA